AUGGAUAAAUACAAGUAUAGAAUAGAGAUUCAACAGAUGAUGUUCGUUUCUGGUGAAAACAGCGAUCCACCUGUUGAAACGACGUGCAUCAUCGAAGACAUCGUCCGCGGUCAAGUUAUCGAGAUUCUAUUGCAAUCAACCAAGACUGCACAUGCUAGAGGCAGUAAAAGCAUUAUGCCAGAAGAUGUGAUCUUUUUGAUCCGUCAUGAUAGAGCCAAAGUCAACAGACUGCGAACGUAUUUGUCGUGGAAAGAUCUGCGUAAAAAUGCCAAGGACCAAGACGCCAAUGCUGCUGCAGGCGGUAACGCUGGUGGCGGUGCAGAUGGCGGAGAGGCUGCUUUGGAGGACGACGACAAAAAGGGCGACAAAGAUGGUGGAAACAUGAUGAGGGUCAAAAAAUCGCAGAUCAAACUCCCGUGGGAAUUGCAAUUCAUGUUCAACGAGCAACCGCUAGAGAUGAAUGAAGACGCCGAUGACCUGGAUGAAGACGAACGUGAGGCCAACGUGGCUACUCUGAAACGACUCAAGAUGGCCGAUGAUCGUACUAGAGACAUGACAAAAGAAGAGUACGUGCAUUGGUCAGAUUGCCGUCAAGCAAGUUUUACAUUUCGGAAAGGUAAACGUUUCAAAGAUUGGUCUGGUAUCACCCAGCUCACCGACAGCAAACCUCACGACGAUGUCAUUGAUAUUUUAGGGUUUCUUACAUUCGAAAUUGUGUGCUCUUUAACAGAAACUGCUCUAAAAUUCAAAAAACGGGACGAACUACUGCAACGAAAGCGCGACAAAUCUCAAAAAGCACAGCUUGAUGUGGUUUUAGAGAUCACGCGAGAAAGAAAGAAACGCUUAUUCGAUGGUCCCGACAACGUUGUCAAUCCUUUGAAACCAAAACAUGUGGAAGAAGCAUGGCGAGCGUUGCAAGCUAUUGAUAUGAAGCAUCGCGCAUUAACGAACUUUAAAGGCGGUAGGCUCAGCUCCAGGCCCGCCAUUAUGUGA